CGUCCUACACAAACCCUGCACACUCUCACUCUCCUGCCUCUGCACCCUUAUCAGCGUUGAAUACGCACGUUUCUGCAUUUUCAGUCUCAGAAGAUACCCAAAAUGGCAAACGAAAUUCGAUUCUUCGAAUUGAACACCGGAGCUAAGAUGCCUUCCGUCGGGCUCGGCACGUGGCAGGCUGAACCUGGUCUUGUCGGUGAUGCCGUAGCCGCCGGCAUCAAGAUUGGUUACCGUCAUAUUGAUUGUGCUCAAGCUUACGACAACGAGAAGGAGAUUGGUUCAGUAUUGAAGAAGCUCUUUGAAGACGGUGUGGUGAAGCGUGACGAUUUAUUUAUUACCUCCAAACUCUGGUCUUCUAAUCAUGAACCAGAAGAUGUUGUACGGGCAUUGGAAGGAACUCUGCAGGACUUGCAGCUUGAUUAUGUUGAUUUGUACCUUAUCCAUUGGCCAGCUAAGAUGAAGAAGGGGUCAGUUGACUUGAAUCCUGAGAACUUUGAUCAACCAGAUAUUCCUAGCACAUGGAAGGCAAUGGAAGCACUCUAUGAUGCUGGCAAGGCUCGUGCUAUUGGUGUGAGUAACUUCUCUUCAAAGAAACUGGGGGAAUUGCUAGAGGUGGCACGUGUUCCUCCUGCUGUGAAUCAGGUGGAGUGCCAUCCUUCGUGGCAGCAGUCUAAGCUACGUGCAUUUUGUCAGUUCAAGGGAAUUCACCUCACCGGAUUUGCACCUUUAGGAUCCCCUGGCACCACAUGGCUUAAGAGUGAUGUCCUUAAGAAUCCAAUUCUUAAUGCCAUUGCACAGAAAUUGGGGAAAACUCCUGCCCAAGUUGCUCUUCGCUGGGGUCUGCAAAUGGGCCAUAGCGUACUUCCAAAGAGUACAAAAGAAGAAAGGAUCAAAGAGAACUUUGAUGUCUUCCAAUGGUCGAUUCCAGAUGACUUGUUUGCCAUGUUUUCUGAAAUUGAGCAGGCAAGACUUAUCAAGGGGGCUUUUUUCGUCCAUGAGACAUUUGGGCCGUAUAAGACUGUUGAGGAACUGUGGGAUGGUGAGAUCUAAGGAGUAAGGCUAUGUUGUGGACACAUUCAUAGGCAAGAGCUACAAUAGGCGCGGGGCUUGCGGCUAGAGGGAAUUCAAAUUGUCGACUUCAGGCAGCAUUCGUUAUUUCCAGAUUAUGUUUACUUUUCCCAUUUAAUUGUUAUUUCCUUUUUAGUUGUAAUUUUCUUGUUGGUUUACGACUUCUAUUAUUAGUAGAAUUCCAAUAAAUUGCUUGUAACCUUCUCUUAUAUGAAGGAGGGCGAUGAAAUAAUAAAACAAGCAGAGAAUAUUUUUAAGGCUCUA